CUCGCCAGUUUCGCCUCCUCCUAGUGGCCAACUUGGGUACUGAGCUGAAUUAAAUCCACCCAGUUUUGUUCUGUCGUCUAGCGGUCGGUCUGAGUCGCUCUGCCAUCUUGUGGACCUGGGUUGAGAACAAUAGGUUGCUCCUUUGUGUAACAUUUGGAUUACAGGCGAGAUUCAGGUCUACUACGGGCGAAUCGUGACAAGAAAUAUUACAUUUCACCUCAAAUUAAAAAAAUAUUUUAUUUUGAAUAAAGAAGCAUAUCACUAUCCCCAUUAUUAAAUUAAAAAACAAAUAUAAAGUAUAUUGGAAUAAAAAGUUAAAAUACGUACUAGACAGGCAGGUUUAACUUGAGUUUAAAUGGGUUAAAAAUAAAGUGUUUACAUUCGAGUUUUUGACAGUUGAAGUUUGAAGGGCCAGACAGAAAAAAAAAGCCAGAAGGUUUGUGUCAAGUAUGAUGGUCGGGGUUUGAUUAGGCGGGGUUUCACAGACAGGUCUUAGCCUAAACCAGGAUUAGGCCAUAGUUCAAUUAGGACAUUGAGUAAUUUGUAUAAACGUGCUUCAGAAAGCUGCGCGGCUCAAGACAAAACAGAGGCACUGGCAUGUUUUAAGAUCGGUCAGUGCGGGUUUCUUUCAAUUGAAACAGCUAAAACGUACAUGUCAGUCUAGGACUAGGCUGUGAAAAUGUUGGAAAUCUCAGAAAAAAAUCGGAACAAUAGGAAGCUUUAAUAGUACAUAUGCAGGCAUACUUUAUAGUCGAGCCAACACAAUCACAAAGAUGCCCCGUUCUUGUACAUUAUUAAGCUGCUGCUACUACUAGUAACUACUACUAUGCUACACUAAACCCGAACCAAUUUGAGUACAAAUGGGACUUUUAUUUUGAAGUGAAGCGAGCACGGAAGUAAGAACUCAGCUUCACUGUGCUGCGGACAAAAUAACUUGUUUAUAGUCACUCACGGCCAUUUAACUAGUAAUUAAUACGGAUAAAGAAUGGGAAAAUGAUAGUUUUAUGGCAGAUGACACAAUGGACAUGGGGAAGCAAUCUCGUCUUUCACGUCCUCACAGAAUAAGUGAAUCUUCAAAGGUGUAUCGAUGGGCAGACCAGGCUAGCUAUCUCCUUCAAGGUUUAAAUGAGCAAAGACAGCAUGGCCAGCUUUGUGAUGUCGUUCUGGUGGCCGAUGACCAGCGGAUCCCUGCCCAUCGGGCUUUGCUUGCAGUAUCCAGCCCUUACUUCCAGGCGAUGUUCACCUUGGGUAUGCGAGAGGAGCAUGAAGCAGAAGUAGAGCUCGUGGGAGCCUCAUAUGUCGGUGUUAAAGCAGUAGUAGACUUCCUGUACAGCGGUGAGUUACCUCUCGAUGGUGGAAACAUCGACUACGUAUUGGAAACUGCUCACCUGCUGCAGGUGUGGCGAGCUGUGGAUUUCUGUUGCCAGUAUUUGGAGAAAGAGGUACGCGAGGACAAUUACUUGUACCUGCAGGAGCUUGCCUUCCUCUACAGCCUGGACCGGCUGGACGCCUUCAUAGACCGCUUCAUUCUGGAGCAUUUCGCCAUGCUUUCUGUCACCUCGGAGUUCCUCCAAGAUGUUCGGAUGCCCAAACUUUGUGCUUACCUUGCAGAUGAGCAGGUGCAGCAUGAAAACGAGCAAGCUCUUCUGCAGGUGGCCUUGCAGUGGUUGAGUCAAAGACCCGAACGUCUUGCAUUCGCCCAGCAGCUUCUCUCCAACAUUCGCUUCGCUCUCAUUCCACCGGACGACCUCUUAGUGAGCAUAUUGCCGGCCAUGCACUCCCUCCUGCCUCCGGACGCAGGCUGUGAGCCGCUCGUGGAGGAGGCCGUGGGCUACCACACGAGAGUUAGCGCCCAACCUGUACUGCAGACGACACGCACAGGCCUUCGAGGGGGCGUGGAGCGUCUGCUGUUGGUGGGAGGAGAGGUGUCUGAACGCGGAGAGGAGUUGAGUGCCGAGGUGUGCUGGUUGGAUGAAGAAGCAGGAAAGUGGGUCGUGGAGACUCAGCUGCCAGCUCAGAGGAGUCACCACUGCGUUGCUGUUUUGGGGGGAUUUAUCUUCACCGCUGGUGGUAGCUCCUCACGAGACAACGGGGGAGAUUCUGCAAGCAACUUGCUGUAUCGAUAUGACCCCCGAAGCAACUUGUGGAUUAAGGGUGCCCCUAUGAACCAGCGACGUGUGGAUUUCUAUCUGGGAACCAUGGGAGACUGUCUUAUUGCUGUUGGGGGACGCAAUGAUAGCGGUGCUUUGUCUUCUGUAGAAGUGUACCAUCCUGCUGAGGACUACUGGACCUACGUUGCAGGAUUGCCCAGAUUCACAUAUGGUCAUGCAGGCACUAUUCACAAAGGAGCUGUGUACAUCUCAGGGGGCCAUGAUUACCAGAUCGGCCCGUACAGACGUGACAUGCUGAGCUACGACCCCAAAACUGCAGAUACAUGGACAGAGCGACAGGCCAUGAUCUUGGCUCGAGGCUGGCACUCUAUGGCGUCUCUAGAAGACAGGAUCUAUGUCAUCGGGGGCAGCGAUGACCAUGAGGACAGCAUGGAGCGUUUUGAUGUGUUGGGAGUGGAAGCCUUUGACCCGCAGACUGAUCAGUGGACUAAGGUAGCCCCCCUCAGGUACCCUAACAGUGAGGCAGGGGUGGCCGUCUUGGAUGGAAAGAUCUAUGUAUUGGGAGGGUAUACCUGGGAGGCCAUGGACUUCUCUCAGGGUACUCAAGUGUUUGUCCCAGACAAGGGCCAGUGGGUCUUGGGUACAAAUCUACCGAAGCACAUUGCUGGAGCCUCAGCAUGUGUGUGCCUUGUCAGACCACAACAAACCAACAGUACAGAGGGUCAUAGUACAGAGAGAGACAAACAGAAUUCCAGCCAGGAGCAGCACAGGUGAUUGUCUGGGGAUCUGAACAACACUUUUAUUUACCUUCUGAAUGUAGGAUGUCAUAAGCCUCAUGCCAUUGGCUGAUUCUCAGAUCAUUUUAAAAAGAGGUCAGCAGGAAACACUGUAAGAUGUUAAACUAUGAAUUUAGUUGAAAAGCACAAAUUAAUAUUGUAGUAUUUGUUACAAAAUGUUUUGGAGUUUUCAUAGGUGUCCUGGUGGCUUAACCCAUCUUCUGAGUUACAAUUAAAACAUCUUGGAGUGACAAUUUUA